AUGCAUCUCCUCUCUCCCUCCAAUGCAUCUGUUCAAGCAAUGAAUGAUAACGACGAUGACGACGACACAAUAGCCGACCAUCUUCUUCUCCACAAUCCCACAUCAUACCUUCCACCUCUUUUUUCAUCUUGGAAUGACAAGUUACGUCCCAUUAAAGAAACCAUAGACAAGCUCCUCAACCUUAAAGUCAUCAAUGAAGGCAUCUCUGUCCCCACCAUUGUUGUUGUCGGGAAUCGUGACUCAGGGAAAUCUAGCCUUAUAGAGUCACUCAUCGGCAUAAGUUUGCCAUGUGCACAAGAAACCUGUACAAGGGUACCUCUAAUAAUAAAGCUUCAAAACCAUCCGUAUCCUGUCACAGAAUUCCUACUAAAGUAUAAGAAAAAGUCGGUUCGUAUCAUUAACGAAAUGCUAAUAUCCGAAGCCAUUAAUAACGCUACCAUGGAGGUUGUUGGGGAAGGUAAAAAGAUAGGAAAUGUUCCUUUAACGUUGUUGAUGAAGAAGAGAGAUAUUCCGGAUCUCACCAUAAUCGAUUUGCCCGGAAUACAUCGAGAUAAUUCGGAACAAACAAUGGGUAUUACUAUGGAGUUCGAAAUGCCCGAGGAUAAUAUUAUUUUAAAUGUUGCAUCUGCCACCAGUGAUCUCUCAAAUUGGAAACGAAGUAUGGACUACAAAGAAGAGAGGACGCUGGGUGUGGUUGCCAAAUGUGACCAAGUCCGAUAUGGUGAUGUCUUUGACGCUGUUGGGAUAAAUAAAUACAACAUUGAUCGCUACCGAUACAUCUAUGUUAGAAACAGAAUUAAUGAUGAAACCCACAAUAAAGCUAGAAUCGAAGAAUCCACACUCUUUGAACGUCUCCAUCGUGUGAAUGGGUUGCCCGAGAGUGAAAAGUCCAUGUUGGGUAUUCCCGCCUUGGCAAAUAAGCUUGUUCAGAUGCAAUUGGCAUUCAUAUUGAAAUGUCUUCCGGACAUUCUCAAGAAGAUCAAUGAGGGGCUCAACGCUUUGAAUUUGGAGCUCAACCAAUUACCCAACAAUCUCAUGAGUGUUCCCGAAGCUAUGGCUACUUUCAUGCAUGUUAUUGGGUCCUUGAAGGAAACUCUUCAAAAGAUGUUGAUACAAGGCGACUAUAAUGAGUAUGAGGACGAUAAACAAAUGCAUUUCAAUGCUCGGUUAGUUGAAAUGUUGGAUCGGUUUUCGAAAAAACUUCACUUGAGUGACAAAUUCUCUGAAAGUUUCCUUGUUGAGGAGGUAAAAGUUGUAGAGGAAAGUAAUGGGAUCUUUUCGUCUAAUUUCCCUCCUCAUUCAUGUUUGCUUAGGAAAAAAGUGAACAAUAUCUAUACUUUGCCACUUCUCGUCGUAAAAGAAGUAUGUGGUUAUCUUGAAACCGUUUGUGUUAGAGUCUUGAUUGAUCAUUACGUAAGUUAUCCAAAACUACUCUCCUCCAUGAGGAAAGCGACUCAUAACGUGAUGGAGAAAAUGAAGCUUGAGUUUUCACAUGGAGAUGGAGAAGACCACAGAUUAUACAUGUGA